AUGGGUAGAAAAGAUGAAUAUGAUCAACCACAGGCUUUAUUUUCUUCAUUGAUCAAGACCAAUUAUAGUGAGCAAAAGCAAAGCCUUAAACAAAAAUAUGGCUUUGGAAUAGGUUAUACUAAAAAAGCACUUGAUUACGCAGUUUGGACAGAUAAUGUUGAUGAAUUGGUUAGCUACUUAGAAAAAUUUAUUGAAAAAGCCAAACUUGAAUUAAAUAAACAGGAGAAGAAUGACAACGUAGAAAAUAUAAUCAUUAAUAAUUCAAUAUAUACAAAGUACAAAGAACAUCUGCCUAAAUAUUAUAAAUUAGGAGAAGAAGAUCUACCAAGAAAAAAAGUACGAAAUAUUCGAGAUAUUACCAAUUCAGUCAAUCAAGUUAAUCAAGUUUUAGAUGAAAAUGAGAUAACUUAUAAUCCUGAUAAUGGUAAUUUAAAACAU